AUGAUGAUGGCAUUCAGAACGCAAAAUAUUAAAACAGAACUUCCACAUUUUAAUAAAUAUUCCACCGAAAGUUGUAAAAAAAGCGCUUUUAUGCUGGAUUCUAUAGCUCCUAACCGGGAAAUGACUCAAACAACUGUGGCUGAGGAUGUAAUCGCACCUGGAAAAUACUCAAACUAUAAUAGACACCCAAAUUUUUGUAUAGGAAGAUAUAAUUUGUUUGAAAUUGAUCUAAGAGAUCAAAAAUCUAUAAGGUAUAAUAAAAUUUUCCCCAAUCUUGUAGCAUACUACCAUCUCUUUACCAAACUAGACUUUAGCCUGGGGAGGUAUGGAUCCGUGUCGAUUUCAUACAAAGAUGUAUCUGAAAGAAAUCUUAGUGAAAAUGUUAAUCCUAAGUAUUCCUAUAAUUGUAACAAUAUAAACACGCUGAAUGAAGAAUUUUGUGAAACUUCACUCAUAAAUAUUAACCGAAAACUUAUAAAUAAUAAAUAUAUGCCAGAGGAUAUUGAGUUUUUGAAACAACUCAAUGAACAGGAAAUAGAAACAUAUGAAGUUAAAGAUUUAAUAAAACCAAUAGUUUUAGAAAAAGAAAUAAGGGCAGAAUUAAAAAACAAUAUCCAAGAACAAAUAAUUAGUAAAUUUGACCUAAACAGAUUAUAUAGGAACAUUCGUCCACUUAAUUGGCUCUACCUACCUAAUACAGGCACAGUAAAAAUUAGUAUGUUUAUAGAGGACAUUUCCUUGCCAUUGUCUAUAAAUUUUAACCUGUAUCCUGGAACUAAACCGCUGGUAAUAGACGAUGCAACUAUAAUAACCCCCCCUGAAGAACCCACUUUUAGUAGUUAUGAAUCGUCUAACUUUGGUGGGUUAAUGGGUUGUCUCAAGGUGAGACCUGUGAAUAAUUUUUCUCCGAAAAGGAUCCUUUCAAAUGAUUUAAAAAAGUCAAAAAUUAAACUCAUAACCAUAAGGGGUACCACUAGGGAACGAUUUAAUUUACUGUUUAGACUGUUAGAAAUGCUGGCAAGGAAUUCUCCACCAUUCAAAGCACCAUUCAAACCAUCAUUGAUAACUUCUGAAACUUAUCAGGAAAUUUUGUUUGACGAAAAAACUCCAAUUAAGUUGAAGACGUUGAUUUUGUAUGUACAUUCCUACUUUAUAUUUGUCAUACCCCUCCUAACAUAUUUCAAUUUUGCAACUGGGCAGACCCAUUUGUGCAACUCUUAUACAACCAUAGAUGUUAAACCAAGAGUAGUGUGGCACCCAUUGAAAAGCAGCUACGGCUCUUCCAAUAUAAAUUUUAUACCUCCAGAGUACAGAAACGCUGGAUUCUUCUCUAGUGAUCAGCUCCAUUUCGAACCCGAGGUUAUAUUCAAUUUGCUUUCAAAUUACAAUGGGUUUUGGAAAAUAAUAAGAGGCCAUAGAGAAAAUGGAGUCAAUAAAUAUAGUUGUUUGGAAAAAACGUUCGAGGAGGAUAAGGACAAUGGAUAUUUAGGUGGUCAAAAUAAGGAGAAAAGGGAUUAUAAAGUGUACUACGUAGGAGGAAAGAUCAAAAUGAUUUACAAAGAACAAGAAGGUGCAAUAAUAUUAAAUUUACUUCUUUAA